CCCAGACAUAUUAGGUUGGUUCGUUCCCUCCUCUAUCCAGUUCUCUUUAGUGUUUGCCAAUGUUGGAGGUGUAACUGGGGUCUGGCCCUGGACAAAGGUAUAGAGCAUGGCUCAAGUGAAAGUGCAGACCUCAGCAUCCCUGGCUGGUCCUGGCCUCUCCACUGGAGUUCCCCCGAUGGCCAUGGCCAGCACAGGAUCCCUGGGUCUGCAGCCCUCCGUCAAUGGCACAGGCACGGCCCCCACACCCGCCUGCCCUGCUCCUGCAGCCGGAUAUGGGGACGCCCCUGUGUCCUCUACAUCGCCAGGUCCACCCCAGGAGAACAUGGCAAACCCUAAAGAGAAAACUCCGAUGUGUUUGGUGAAUGAGUUAGCCCGUUUUAAUAGAACCCAACCACAGUACAAGCUCCUUAAUGAGAGAGGCCCUGCACAUGCCAAGAUCUUCACUGUGCAGCUGACUCUUGGGGAGCAAGUGUGGGAGGCUGAGGGUACCAGCAUCAAAAAGGCUCAGCACUCUACAGCCGCCAAAGCACUGACUGAGAGUGUCCUUCCUCGGCCAGCCCCUCGCUCUCCUAAAGUGGACGUCAACAGUAACCCAGGCAGCAUAACACCCACAGUGGAGCUCAAUGGACUUGCCAUGAAGAGAGGAGAACCAGCUAUAUACAGGCCUUUGGAUCCUAAGCCCAUGCCCAACUAUAGAGCCAACUACAACUUUAGAGGGAUGUUCAACCAAAGGUACCAUUAUCCUGUUCCUAAGAUCUUUUAUGUGCAGCUGUCUGUGGGGAGUCAUGAGUUCAUCGGAGAGGGUCGAACUCGCCAGGCAGCAAGACACAACGCUGCCACAAAGGCCCUCCAAGCUUUGCGCAAUGAACCAAUUCCAGAACGACCACCACAGAGUCCAGAAGAGAAAGUGGAGACCGAGGAUGGAACUGAUGCCAACAAGUCGGAGAUCAGCCUUGUCUACGAAAUAGCCCUAAAAAGAAACCUGUCUGUCAAUUUUGAGGUUCUGAAGGAGAGCGGCCCCCCUCACAUGAAAAGCUUCCUGACUCGUGUCACCGUGGGAGAGUUCUCAGCUGAGGGCGAGGGCAACAGCAAGAAACUGUCCAAAAAGCGUGCGGCUCUGUCCAUCCUCCAGGACCUGAAGAAGCUGCUUCCGGCUGUUGAGAAACCCAAGCCACACUACAAGAAACGCACCAAGACCAUCCUCAAGACGGGACCAGACUAUGGCCAGGGCAUGAACCCAAUCAGCCGCCUAGCCCAAAUCCAACAAGCCAAGAAAGAGAAAGAGCCUGAGUACCUGCUGCUGUCUGAGAGAGGAAUGCCCCGACGUCGGGAGUUUAUCAUGCAGGUGAAGGUGAACAAUGAGGUUGCCACGGGAACAGGACCGAACAAGAAAGUGGCCAAGCGGAACGCAGCCGAGGCGAUGUUGCUGCAGCUGGGAUACAAGGCCUCCACAGUUCCUCAGAAUCCCACAGAGAUGGACAACAAAGGCUGGAAUGGACAAAAGGCGUCCUUUACUGAAGCAACAAGUAACACCCAGAAGGGUUUGCUCCACCUCAGCCCUGAUGUCUACCAGGAGAUGGAAGCCAGCAGGAAGCAAGGAGGAAGUGUUUCAGGUCCUGGAGGCAGCAGUGCCAACUCGGCCAACUACACUGCACCCAAAGACAUGGGACCCUGCUCUGCCCCUCUGCCCCCAGGACACACUCAAUACUACAGCGGCUCACCCUCCUCAACCAGCCCAACUGCCACAGGAGCCAGAGAGCUGCUGAUUAAUGGCCAAUCAGUUUCAUCUGAGACCUCCCUACCGGUAAAAGGGAAGAGUCCACCUCUGGCCUGUGGUGUGUCAGUGCAGCCUGCACAGCAGUUGGACUACCUGGCUCGCAUCCAGGGCUUCCAGGUGCAGUACAGUGAUGCACAAAGUGGCAAGGAUUAUGUGACCUAUCUGACCCUCUCCCCUGUGCAAAUGACUUUCCAUGGCACUGGGAGCACCCUCCAAGCCAGCCAUGACCAGGCUGCUCUAAGUGCCUUGAAACAGCUGUCGGAGCAGGGACUGGACCCGGUCGAAGGCCCCAUCAAGACCAGUGAACCCUGUGGGCGGGAGGACGGACAUUAAACAGACUAACUCAGGCACCACCACUCAGGUCUGCACGGAUUCAAAGGCUGUCGUCUAGGAGCUGACAUCCCUGAACCCCUCUCCUUUCUCACACACAAACCUCUCAUCACCCUCUCCACCCUGAUAUUCCAUAACCCGCGUCAACCGCCUACACCCACCACUCACAUUUCCCCUACCCUCUCCACCCCUGACCCCACGAUUGCCACUGUAUCCUGCAAAACCUGUCAACACGCAAUAGGGUGGAUGUGCACCGAGAAAUGACCGAUACAAAACCCCAUCACCUGAGUCUAUGUGAAGACAACGCUAUCUAAACUCGUUUAUCAAUGAUUUCAGCGAUAACUUUAGAGACAAACUAAGAAAAAAAAGGGCAAAAAGCAAAAAGGUCAAAUGCAUGGUACUGUAUGAAAAUUAAACAAAAUCCAAUUCUACCAUUGGAUAAAAUAUAUGUUGGUAUGGUUAAAACAAAUAUGUACAUCAUGACAUUGAAGUACAAAUAAGUCCCUUUAUGGAAAAAUGGACUUGCGUACAAUAGUUUAUGUCUUUGAGGGGGCUGGGGGGGUUGUUUCUGUUUCAUUUCUUUUUCUUUAUUUUAUUAACAAUGCUUGAGUACUGUAUUUAAAAUUAACCAAUGCCAGUGCUGUGAAAGUUGUAGUUGUUGUCUUCAUAUAUAGUCACCCAGCUUACCUUGUAUGCUGACAUUAAAAAAAAAAGAGUUCACCUCUCUAUAUGGAUGUGUAUGACUUGCAAGAGUAUCAUAUUCCGGAAAAGAAAAAAAAAAGUUUUUUUUAAUGUGGACAAACGGACAGACCUGUUGUUAGCAGUCAUCAGUAGAAGCGCUGACUGGCGCUCGGACCAAGGUGUAGUUCCCUAAGUGUCCACCAGUCCCUUAUUAACACGGCCCCUCACUGGCAUAGCAUCACUGGAGCAUCAGCUGACCAACGGCAGGUACCACAGUUGUACCAGAAACAGAGACCAGUUACAAGGGCAGUAGCUUGUCUAUCACACACACACACACACACACACACACACACACACACACACACUUUUCUCUAACGCCUACAAAACGUGUAACGUAGAAUCCACUCCAGUGAGUGUUGUACGGCCUGCAUGUCCUCCAGUGAAUGGAAGUUCCUCUUGAUUCCAGUGAUUUUGUGUCAGUGGUUCGUCCCCUCCCUCUUCUCCACAAAACUGCACAGUUUUGUCGAUCACUACACCCAUUGUGUGUGUGUUGUAUUGACCCACUAAGGUAUCAACUGGG